CGAAUGGGAACGGUUCACGGGGAGGAGUUACCCUACAUUUUUGGCGCUCCCCUCGUAGAUGGAUUCAACCACUUUCCCAAAAACUAUACUAGAUCUGAGCUGGCUUUGGCUGAAUCCUUCAUAAUAUAUAUUGCCAACUUUGCCAGAACUGGGAAUCCAAAUGAACAUCACAAGCAGGAACCUGUUCUUGCCGCUUCCAGGGAGAGAAAUAGGUUCAGGUCCAUUGUGUGGGAUGAAUAUGAUUCUGUUCAUCAAAAAUACCUCGAAAUUGGUAUGAAGCCAAGAAUGAAAAACCAUUUCCGAGCUCAUCAACUUAGCGUCUGGCUCAGGCUGAUCCCAGAACUCCAUCGCGCUGGAAUGGAAGACGUCGUAGCCAGACACAACCUCUUCAGAAACCACAACAACGCCGAUUUAUAUGAUGGUGCCGUCCGACCUGAUCCACUUUCCCGAGUGAGCUACUACGACCCUACCAUGGAACUUGUUAGAAGGAGACCGAACGCCAGUUUAGCCACUUUAGAAGUCCCGACAACCAUAGAAACCAUGGUCACCACGUGUGUUAAUGUGGUAUCUUCUGGAAAUUACAACCACCAGUUGUUCCAGAACCAAAACAACGCAAGCGAUACCUUGGCUAGCUUGGAAGCAGCAGGGUACGCAGCUUAUAGUACUGCUCUGAGUGUCACCAUAGCUAUUGGCUGUUCCCUUUUGAUACUGAACGUGCUAAUUUUCGCUGGUGUUUAUUACCAGAGAGAUAAAACUCGAAUGGAAGUGAAAAACCUGCAGCAACAGCAAAACAGAAACCAAGCCACUUUCGAAACCAUCUCCAAGCACCAGCACUACCACUUGGGACACUCCCAGAGCUCCAACGUCAUCGUAGACGUGGAGCAGGACACUUCAGCGAUGAUACUAGCAGCGAACGCACAACAAGACGCUCACUUGAACAAAGUUCAACACCAACACCUCUGCCCUACUAGCAUAUCCAAUCAGCUCAAAGCACCACCUCCCAGCCCAAACGUCAUACUUCAGAACUGCAUGACGCUGCCAAAAAACGCUUCCAUGCACAACUAUCAGUCGAAUCAGAAUAGCCAGGGUUGUAUGACGCUUCCGAAGAACGCCAGCUUGAUGAACAACACAGCCUGCGUCAUAGCGGAGAUGCAGCAGCAAGGCUACGUGCAGCCUCCUAAUGGUAACGCCACAAUGCCGCUUUGCGUGCCCAAGCCACCUCCACCACCCAGGGCGCGGAGUCCUGAGAGCCAGCCCUUAUUGUCUUCGCAUCAUAAUAAUGCGGGUAAAAGUGCCAUGAGAGUGCCACACGCGGCGAUGAGUGAAAUGAGGGUGUGAUAUAACUAAGUGCUGUGAACUGCGUGCUCAAAGUGACAUAUAUUCGUCCGAUAAUCAGUGAAUAGCGUGGAUAGGAAAAUUUGUUUUCUGAUUUUGAAUUGUAAUGAGUUCUGAAACAUUCGGCAUGUUGUAUUGAUUUUUUUUUUGCAUUCUUCUUGGUAAGAAAAACAUAUGUUGCCGUUUAUAGUUACAUACUCCACUCCAACCUGAACAUCUGAAUGAAAAUAUUUCUUCUAUCGUUUCAAUUUACGAUCUGUGAUUGAAAAAUGUAUGAUGAGUAUUUCAAAAGAUGAAAUUUUCUCGAUUAUUUCUUCAAAGCAACCAUGGAUCUACUUCUCAAAUGAAGAAGAUGAGCUGGUGUGAUACUGUUGAGAGUAUAACAAUGAUUGCUACAUUUUGAUUCUCAAAACAUGAAAUGAAAUCGAAUUGAGUGACAAAUGGAACGAUUUGGUCACCAAAAAUCUAACUCAACUCCAUUACAAAUUCAAUUAUUUAUAUACAAAACUUUUUGUCAUGUAUCUUUACGUAUGAUAUUUUUUUGAAAAUUUGAUGAGCUCAAUUCAUGGAUUCAACUACUUUUUCAACUUUUUUCAAAAUUUUUGUUAGAAAAUAUAUUGACUUGAAGGAAACAACUAAUUUUCUGCAUUAUUAUUCUGUAAUUAUGCAAUUCAAUGUGAUUCAUGUAAAAAAUGUAGCAAUCAAUGAAAUGUUAUAAAAGUUUUGCCUCAAAAGAAUUUUGGAACUUGAUAAAUAUAAUUGAAUAAACGUUACAAUUUUCAAUGGUACAUUGCAGGUACUGAAUACCACAGUUUUAUCUUUGAAAAUUCAGUUGAGUGCACGUUUUCGAAGACCUCACAUAAUAAAUAGCAAGUGAAUGAAAGAACUGAAUUUUCCAAAUAAUCUCUGCAGGAAUAUUCUGAAAUAUGUUUUCCGGUAUUUCUAUUAUUGAAAAAGGAACUUUUUCAACUCAUUUAAAUCCCCAGAUAGAAUAAUAGGGUACAUUGUUACACCUUUUGAGAUAAAUGGUUCACCUAAAAAAUUUGUUAUAAGUACAUUAUAUCACAGAGAAAGAUUUUUUUCGAUAUCAAUUAACAAAACUUCUCAAACUUACUGGAGGAAAAUAUCUUUUUGAGACAACGAUGUUAACACAAAAAUUAUAAUAAUAAACUAUAUUUUCGGUUUUUCUGAUUAUUUUGUCAAGUACAUUUUUCAGUCAACAAAGAAAUGAUUGAUGAUUAUAAAAAUAUUCAUCCCACAUUGUUCUGUGAACUGUGGAAUAUA